AUGGGCGAUUAUGAGAAAGAGCAACAACGCCUAUUGGCUCUUUGGGAAGAUAUGGAAAGUGAUGAUGAAGUAAUCAACAAUGAUGAUUCGGAGGAAGAAGAUAUAGAUAAUAUAAGCGUUUGUAGUGACUAUCCCGAUAUGGAACAAGAUGCCGAGGAUGAACUGGAACCAGCUGAAGAGCAAACGCAAGCUAAAUAUUUUUUCGGAAAGGACGGAACUAAGUGGUCUAAACAACAUCCCAAUAAAAAAGUUCGGACUAGAGCCGAAAAUAUUAUAAUACACCUUCCUGGAGUAAAAAAACCUGCAAAAAUGGCUAAGACACCUCUUGAAUGUUUCUCGCUUUUCAUAGACGAGCAGAUGAUUGCCGACAUAGUUGAAAGGACAAAUGAAAGAAUAACGGAGAAAUGUGCGCAAUGGAAAGAUUCUCCUCACUACGGGCAAACAUCAGCGGUAGAGAUAAAAGCAAUAUUUGGCCUUCUAUAUUUAUCGGGAGUUUUCAGAAAUAAUCAUCGCCAUUUGUACGAACUUUGGAAUACGGAUGGUACUGGAAUGGACAUAUUUCCUGCUACAAUGAGCCAGAGACGAUGUGAGUUUUUGAUUUCGUGUUUACGUUUCGACAACAAGAGUAAUCGUGCCGAGAGGGUCAAUGUAGAUAAACUCGCCCAUAUCAGAGCUAUAUUUGAUAGAUUCGUACAGAACUGUCAAUCUGCUUAUUCACCAUCGGAAUAUUUGACGAUUGACGAAAAGCUUGAAUCAUUUCGAGGGAAAUGUUCCUUUAGGCAAUUUAUUCCCAACAAACCUGCGCGAUAUGGGAUAAAGGUACAUGCUUUGGUUGACGCGCGAACAUACUAUGUCCUAAAUAUGGAGGUAUAUGUGGGUCAACAACCCCAAGGACCAUUUAGAGUAAGCAACAAGCCAAAGGAUAUAAUAGAUCGUUUAGUUGCUCCUGUAUCGAAAACUAACCGCAACAUUACUUUCGAUAAUUGGUAUACGAGUCUGGAGCUUUUACAAAGUUUGCGACAGAAACAUCAAUUAACUGCAGUGGGAACUAUAAGAAAAAAUAAGCCCUACUUACCACCAGCUUUUCUAAAUGUAAAAAAUAGAGACAAUUGUUCCACCUUAUUUGGGUUCCACGAGGGAAAUACUUUGGUGUCUUAUUGUCCAAAAAAAGGAAAGGUUGUUCUCUUGUUAUCUUCCUUACAUCAUGAUGAUGCCGUUGAUCAAACAGAUAAGAAAUUGCCCGAAGUUAUAUCAUUUUACAACUUUACUAAGUGCGGAGUUGAUGUUGUCGACGAGAUGUCUGCGUCAUAUAACGUUUCAAGGAAUAGCCGUCGCUGGCCGUUAAGAUUGUUUUAUUCCCUCCUAAAUACGACAGGAAUUAAUUCGCAAAUUAUUUACAGGGAAAAUAACAAUGGUAUUAAAAUGGCCAGAAGACAUUUCCUGAAAAAGCUUGGCAUUCAACUAGUAGAAGCACAUCAAAGAAGCAGAAUGUCUAACCCUAGACUGACAAGAGAGCUUAGAGGAAAUAUUCGAAAACUUCUGAAGGAAGAAGAUUCUGAGCCUCUAUCCAAGAAGAGAAAACCAAAUCAACAAGGCAGAUGUUCAGAAUGCCCUCGUGCAAAAGAUAGAAAAACCAGAUAUAUUUGUGAAGCAUGUGAUAAGUUUAUAUGCCUCGAGCAUGCGGUAACAUAUUGUAAAAAUUGUAGUGACUUGAGUUCCACAGCAAAUGAAUAA